AUGGGGCCUCCUGCCAUGGAUCCUGAGAAGACCAGAGAUGAAGCUGAUGCCACCAAUGCACCAGCCAGCCAGCCACGUCCCAUUCAAAUUGUCACAAGCACUAUGGCCAGGGAAUUUGAAAAGAGCGCAACUGAGAUAGCUGCAUCGGCGUUCGACUACUACAAGCAGCCCAAGGACGUGGCGACGUACAUCAAGAAGGAGUUCGACAAGCGCUACCCGAGCGACGGCAAGGCCACCAGCGGGGUGUACCACUGCAUCGUGGGCCGCAACUUUGCAGCGAGCGUGAGCUAUGAGACGCGCUUCUUCCUGCACUUCCGGGUAGGGCAGGAGAACGUCAUCAUCUUCAAGAGCAAGGAUAGCCCCUUCGACACCGACCAGGUCGACCUCAACAAGUAG